AUAUUGUCCGUUAAAAAUCCGUGUGUAGGAUUCUGGUUUGGCUGGGGCUGCUGGAAGUCCUCCUGGGAGAGAACAUACAGCUUACCGAGAACAUUUGCCGAUUUUGUCAUCUAUCCUUGUUCGGCGACUUUCUCUCUGAAUGCUGUCCGCAGCCUGUAGUAAAUUCGUGAAGAGGAGAAGAUAAUAAUCCAUAUUUAUUUACUUCGCCCCUCUAUUUACUACGGACUGAAUAUGAGAUCAGACGUUUAACAACACUCGGCCGUAUCUCUGCCUGCUUCUCUCCGACGUCGAUAAUAAUAUCCCUCCUUUUUAAUUACUUGGUAAUUCAGAAAAACGAGUGAGAUAAUAUUUAUUUACUACGACGGUCUUAAAGGAGAGCAUGUUGAUUAAGAUUUUCGUAGUUUACGGUGUUGGAUCUCUUGUCCGCCAUAAUAAUAUUGUGUGUCUUCCAAAACAUUCGGAGGGGCAGUAGUUAAGAGGGGGCAAUUAGCGGAGUGAACAUUUUGUGCGACUGAACUAAAAAAAUUUUGGGAGUGAAUUUCUUCAACUUUGCUUAUUUAUACCAUUUUAGAUUCAUAGUGUGAAUCUCAACUCCUACGCGAUUUGGAUGCAAAUCUUCUAAAGGAUUAAAACUUUAGACGGAGACAGUGUCCAAAUUUUCGAGAAAACUGAAGAAAACAAAGUAAUUUUUGGAUGCAAAUUUGCUAAAGGAAUAAAACUUUAGACGGAGAGUGUCCAAUUUUGGAGAAACUUUGAAGAAAAAAAAGUAAUUAUCAGCAGAAAUUUCUACCGAAGGGGAGAGAGAAAUUUCUGUAAAAUGAACAAUACAAAUUUUAACAUCAAUGAAGCGCCUGUUGUUGCGGACAAGGAUACGGCGGUGCUGUAUGCGUCCGAAAUUAUUAAAGAUCGUCUCUACUUUGCCACCCUGCGAGGAAAUUAUCGACUCAAGUCAACCUUGAAUACUCAUUACUUCACGAUAGACGAUGAAUUCAUUUAUGAAAACUUCAACUCUGAUUUUGGUCCCUUGAACUUGGCGAUGCUGUAUCGAUACUGUCAAAAACUGAAUGCGAAAUUAGCGGCGACAUCACUGGCCAGGAAAAGAUUAAUUCACUACGCUAGUGCGGAUCCUCAGAAAAGAGUAAAUGCAGCUUUCCUAGUGGGAGCGUAUUCGAUCAUUUACUGUGAAAAGUCAGCAGACGAAGCAUAUCGAAGCCUACUUGGCCCAAACGGUCCACCAUUUGUAUCAUUUAGGGACGCCUCUUUCGGCGCAGCUUCUUUUUACCUCACCCUGUUGGAUGUUUUUAAUGCACUGCACAAAGCGAUGAAAAACAAGUUUUUUGAUUUUCGAGAUUUUGACGUUGAGGAGUAUGAAUAUUAUGAGCGUGUAGAGAAUGCGGACUUGAACUGGCUAGUCCCGGAAAAAUUUAUUGCUUUCUGCGGUCCACACCCUAAAUCUAAAAUACUGAAUGGAUAUCCUUUGCACGCACCGGAAUCGUAUUUUAAUUAUUUCCGAGAAAACAAUGUCACCACCAUUGUUCGUCUCAACAGGAAAAUGUACGACUCCUCCAGAUUCACUCGAUCUGGCUUUCAGCAUAAGGAUUUGUUCUUCACUGAUGGAAGUACUCCUAGUGAUGCAAUUAUGAAACUGUUUAUGGAAGCUGCUGAAAAAACUUCUGGAGCAUUAGCAGUUCAUUGCAAAGCUGGACUUGGGCGGACUGGAUCACUGAUCGGUUGUUAUAUCAUAAAGCACUUUGACUUCACGGCCCGAGAGGCUAUUGCAUGGGUCCGGUUGUGCCGGCCAGGGUCAGUCAUCGGCUUGCAGCAAGAAUGGUUGGAGGACAAGCAAGAAUAUUUAAAAGCGCAAGGCGAACAGAUGAAACUAGAAAACAAAAAGAAUAAUAACGCGCCAAUUCACAAGUUUACGUGGCCAAUUUACAGCAUUAAGCGAAAAUAUGGCAAAUCAAUACAAGAUAUUGAAAAUGCUAAUACUUCUUAUGCGUCGGGUGACAAAGUUAGGUCAAUUCUGGCCCAAGUUGGAUCCAUGAAGUUGAGUGAAGACGGAGAAGAUAACAAUGAAGACUAUGAGGUGUCCUCUGGUGAUAAUGAUGAAGGAAACGGAGAUGAUACCGAAGUGACGCAAGGAGAUAUGCUGAACAGAAUUAAAGCACUUCGCCAAAUGCCCUCUGCAAUUGAGGCUGCUGCAACUGCAUCAACAACCAACAAAAAUAUAGGCACAUCCAUAUCAACCUACAGAAAUGCUACUCGAAGGAACGGUAAUAUUUCUACCGACACUCGAGAAUCCUCUCGAUUGAAACGAGCAGCUGGGUCCAACGCCACAACCACUUCCAGUAAAAGACCGUAUCGUGAUGAUGCUAAUUGUGGGUCUGCACGGCUACUGACAUUGUCGAAAGUGACGUUGCCUUCAGCCGAGUUAACUAGCUCUAACAACAACCCGCCCCCAACAAACCCUCCCUCAGAAACUAGUGAACUUGAAGCCCCCCGUAACAAAUCCAAAAAAAAUUAUGUAUGCAGUCGAAGCAGUAGCACCGGAAUCGCUGACGGUGGUGUCACUCGUCCAGUGACCCGAUCCGUCACGAGGCUUGCUUCACCGCCGCGAGAAAUCCUCACCCCUUGUCCCAAGACUUUCCGCAGCAGCAAGCGUGCUCCUUGGAGUUCCACGACCACCACUGACUCUAACACCACCACGACCACGAAGGACAAGGUGUCGUCUGGUGUGAAGACGUCGGCAAAGUCUGCAACGUCCCUAUCUCUUGGAAAACUUCCCCCAAUCGCGGUACGAAACCCGUUACAAAUUGUGGGCAAGAAGGAUAAAUCUGCGGCAAGUAAUUUAAACGCCACCACCACUUCGAGAAUGAGAACUACCUCGAAAUCCAGAGCGGAUAACAAUGCCAACAACAACAACAACGAUAACGAGAGUAACGACGUUACUCCCACCACCUCCAAAUCUCUAGCUACGAAAAAAAGUGACAAAAAGGCUAGUGCCUCUGCUACAAAUACAACAGGGAAUCAAAACAAGACUACAACCGUAGUAAACCAUAAAAUACGACCGACAAGUCUUCAACAGAAAAAGAUCGCCCAAACGGUCAAAGCCACAUAUUCCCACCUUCUGUAAUUAUUAUUUUUCGCCAUGAAAGUGACACCGGUACUUUUUUUAAUUGAGGACAAAUUACAUGACCUUCUUGUAAAUAUCUAUGUGAAUGUAAGUAAGUUCAACCAGUGUAUGUAUAUAAUGUAAGACUUAUUAUGUGACGAUCUACAGAUAUUAUAAACCUAAUUCCAAUGUAAACUGUGGCUCCAUAAUUUCAGUUAUAAUUUAAUCUCCAUAUAUGUAAUAAUACAUACAUAGUUUUACCUGGAGUCGGAAAAAUUCCAAAGAUCUUCUCAUGCAGCAGACUACCUAGUCGACUUCUUAAAACAAUCGUGAACAACACAAGUGGAAUUUUAUUUUUAAAUUGUAGUUAAAAAUAAUUAUGUAGGAAACGGGAAAGAAGGUAUGAUUAUUAUUCAUCUUUUAAAACCAACCUAGUUGAUGCAUGCUUGCACACCAGGUAGAUAAUAUCAAGAUUUAAGUGGCUGUAGCCGGUACGAGUUACGUUUUUUCAAUAGAUUUUCAUUUGUUCGUGAUAUAUAUUGGAAAAAUAUGUAUGGAUCUCAAUAGUCGGAAAGGGACAAAAGUUAUGAAUAUUUUCAGAAAUGGGAAAAGCAAGACUUCUAGAGAGAGAGAUUAUUAUUGUGAGACUACACAUACGAUAUGUUUUUAAUUCGUCGAACAUGGAGUGCAAAGUAGUGAAGAUAAUUGUUAAAAAAAUCGUUCUUUUACAUGGUUUCAAUUUACAUAUUUGUGGUAGGAAAAAAAGGACUACAAACAUCACGCCAAAUGAGCUAGUAUACUUUUAAGUCAUCCAAUACCGAAAAAGUACCAUAUACAGAAGUAGUUUAUGCAGUUUUAGUUUGUGUAUGUAUCUAGAUUCAGAUUUAUCCUCCACAACUUGUGGACCACAAAUAAAAAUGUCACGCGUUAUGUAUGGACGGAAAUUUCAUGUGAAGUUUGACGAUUGAUUGAUUAUUACCACAAUUAGAUGAAAACGUAGUUUGUAGGAGUAGAAUAUAAUGACUAGUGAACAACUUUAUAAUGGGUGGUGCAAUUGUAAACCGUCUUUUAAAGUAUAAAUGUUAUCUUUUUUGACUAUCUAUGUAUCUAUACAUAUGUACAUGCAUAUAUCUAUCUAUAUAUGAAAUCAUUAGAAUCGUAAUGUUUCCAAUAAUUAUGUGAAAAUUUCCUAUCUUCAUGUUGUCAAAAUAAAAAUCUCGAGGAGUCACAA